AUUUGUUUCAUUUCAUACUAAAUUACCAAGAAAAACAUGGCCACUUCUCCUUCUCCUUUCUCUGCUUUUUCUGAAUGGUAUGGAAUUUGUUGAUAUCUGGCAAAGAUCAUGGUGCAGUUCUUAGACGUAUUGAAGCAACUUUGUGCUGCUGUGGCGAGUUGGUGUGGCGCCGAAUUGUCGAGCUCGAAGCAGCCCGGUGGUUUACAAAAUCCAGAACUAUAUUCUAAAGAAACAGUUUUUAGUGUAAGUGAGAUUGAAGCAUUGUAUGAACUAUUCAAGAAGAUCAGCAGUGCAGUUGAUGAUGAUGGACUGAUCACUAAGGAAGAAUUUCAAUUGGCCUUAUUCAAGACCAGCAACAAACAAAGCUUGUUUGCAGAGAGGGUGUUUGACUUGUUUGACACAAUGCACCAUGGAGUACUUGAUUUCAAAGAGUUUGCACUUGCUCUCUCUGUCUUCCAUCCUAUUGCAUCAAUGGAUGACAAGAUUGAAUUUUUAUUCAGAUUGUAUGAUCUCAAACAGCAAGGAUUUAUUGAGAGACAAGAGUUGAAACAAAUGGUGGUAGCUACUCUAUCUGAAUCUGGCAUGAAUCUUUCAGAUGAAAUGGUUAAUACCAUCAUUGACAAGACAUUUGAUGAAGUGGACACAAAUCAUGAUGGGAAGAUUGACAAAGAAGAAUGGCAAAGUCUUGUGAUGCAGCAUCCCUCUCUUCUGAAAAAUAUGACUCUUCACUAUCUUACUGAAAUCACAACUACAUUUCCCAGUUUCAUAUUUUAUUCACAAGUUGAUGAUAAUUGAAGCAACAACAUCUUCUAUGACAGUUUCAUUUUCCUUGGCUGCUUGUGAGUUCUGGAAGAAGGAUUUGGUUAAGAUGUAUGUACAUAUUUUCAUAUAACUGAAUUUCACCUUCCCUUUAUGGUUUUGUCCAUUGAAUAAGUGGAUUUGAAUAAUAGUACUCAGGUGUUUCAGAAUUAGAACCAAAGGGUUUGGGAUAUAAAUUUUUUUGACAUUAUGGUUUGUGAAUGGCUCAAGUAAGACAAUAUAUUAUUCAUGACAAU